GUUACAACUUCCGGUUCUCCAGUGCAGUGAACAACAUUUUUUUUUUCAAAAGCAAGGAAUCUGGAGAGCUGGGAGCAUUAAGCAGUCCGCCAUGCACUUCGGGCAAAGUGGGGUGAAUAUUCUCUUGAGCCAUGUUAUAAAAGACUAUUGGGUUGUAGGACUGUAUGAGGAGGCCUCUGUGUUUCUCUAGAGGCAGAGAGGAUCGCUGCUGCUGUUUGGAGCCAUGGAGAAGAUGUCGCGGGUAACCACAGCCCUGGGCGGCAGUCCCAUCAGCGGACGCACCAUGUUCUGCCACCUGGACGCGCCCGCCAACGCCAUCAGUGUGUGCCGCGAUGCCACACAGGUGGUGGUGGCCGGCCGCAAUAUCUUCAAGAUCUACGGCCUGGAGGAGGAGCAGUUUGUGGAGAAGCUCAACCUGCGAGUGGGCCGCAAGCCCUCGCUCAACUUCAGCUGUGCCGACGUCAUGUGGCACCAGAUGGAGGAGAACCUGCUGGCCACGGCUGCCACCAACGGGGCGGUAGUCACCUGGAACCUGGGCAAGCCGUCGCGCAACAAGCAGGACCAGCUGUUCACCGAGCACAAGCGCACGGUCAACAAGGUGUGCUUCCACCCCACCGAAGUCUACAUGCUGCUCAGUGGCUCCCAGGACGGCUACAUGAAGUGCUUCGACCUGCGCAAGAAGGAGUCCGUUAGCACCUUCUCAGGUCAGUCGGAGAGUGUUAGAGAUGUUCAGUUCAGCAUGAAGGAUUACUUUACUUUUGCUGCUUCCUUUGAGAACGGUAAUGUCCAGCUGUGGGACAUCCGGAGGCCUGACCGGUAUGAGAGGAUGUUCACAGCCCACACCGGCCCUGUGUUCUGCUGUGACUGGCACCCCGAUGACAGGGGUUGGCUGGCCACUGGUGGCCGGGACAAGAUGGUGAAGGUGUGGGACAUGACCACCAACCGGGCCAAAGAGAUCUACUGCGUCCAGACCAUUGCCUCGGUGGCACGGGUCAAGUGGCGUCCUGAGAGGAAGUGGCACCUGGCCACCUGCUCCAUGAUGGUGGACCACAACAUCUACGUGUGGGACGUCCGACGGCCCUUCAUCCCCUUUGCCACCUUCGAGGAGCACAAGGACGUGACCACGGGCAUCGUGUGGCGCCACCAGCAUGACCCCUACUUCCUGCUGUCAGGCUCCAAGGACAGCACACUCUACCAGCACAUGUUCAAGGACGCCAGCCGGCCCGUGGACAGGGCCAACCCCGAGGGGCUGUGCUUCGGCCUGUUUGGCGACCUUGCCUUCGCCGCCAAGGAGAGCCUCAUCAGUGGCGACUCCAACAGGAAACCCUACCCGGGUGGCGACCGCCGCUACCCAAUCUUCUUCUUCAAGAAGCCCGAUCUGACGGAGCAGUUUGCCCAUGUGUCCAGCGCCCUCAGCGUGUUCGAGUCGUCUCUGGAGAGCAGGCGCAUGGACUGGUUUGUCAAGACGGCGCGCCUCUACCUCCUCGGCGGCAAACCCUUCGCCGAGCUGUGCGACCACAAUGCCAAGGUGGCCAAGGAGCUCAACAGACCUCAGGUUUCUACUACAUGGACGAUGCUUCGGCUCAUGUUCUCAGAUCCAGCGAACCUCUCGACACCUGGUCCAAAUAAUAUCAGCAAACUGGGCAACCUUCCUUUAAUGAACAGUUUCAGUAUGAAGGAGAUGGGGACGGAGAGCAGGCUGGACCGUAGUAAAGGAGAGAGCAGACAGGACAACAUUCACCUGGAGCCUGGGAACUCGCUCAUCAACAGCAACAACGACGAGAAUGAGGAGACCGAGGGGAGUGAGGGACAGGCGGAGUACAUGUUUGGUGACGCUGAGCUGGAUGACGAUGACCUCUACUCUAUGGAGCACGAAAUCCAGGCCGUGGAAGAACAGGAGUACACGCUCCCCCAGGAGGCCUUCCCGCUGCGCCACGAGAUCAUGGACAACCCUUCGGUCCCGGAGCACCUGCAGCAGGACAAGGCCGACUCGCCGCACGCCAGCGGCAACGAGGCGGAGGUCAUGUGCCUGACGCCCAUAGAGUCCCUCUCCCUGAUCGCCAUCUCGCAGCCGCUGUUCAGCCCCCACCUCCCUUCCCGCUUUUUUUGCCCCGUGGUCAGAGAGAUGCUGAGCCACUACGCCGAGCAGGGCGACGUGCAGAUGGCGGUCUCGGUGCUCAUCGUCCUGGGAGACCGCAUCCGCAAGGAGAUCGACGACCUCACUCAGGAGCACUGGUACAUGUCCUACAUUGACUUGCUGCAGCGUUUCGAGCUGUGGAACGUGUCCAACGAGGUCAUCAAGCUGAGCACUUGCAGCGCCAUCACCUGUCUGAACCAGACAUCCACCACGCUGCACGUCAACUGCAGCAACUGCAAACGGCCCAUGAGCAACAGGGGCUGGAUCUGUGACCGGUGCCACCAGUGUGCCAGUGUUUGUGCCGUGUGCCACCAUGUGGUGAAGGGGCUGUUUGUGUGGUGCCAAGGCUGCAGUCAUGGCGGGCACCUGGAGCACGUGAUGAACUGGUUAAAGAGCAAUUCUCACUGCCCGGCUGGCUGCGGACACCUGUGUGAGUACACCUGACCCUCAGCUCCACCCCCUCCCAGCCAGCUCUCUGUGAGAGGGAGAGCACCUCACCUGGCUCACACUGGCCUGGGUCUCACACUCCAGGCUGGCCUCUCCAAAGACUGGGGUCCACAGGGGGGUGGCCAUGGUAGCAAGAUGAUUGUAUUGGAAGAUAGGCCGGUAAAACUGGAGUCCAAUUCAUUAAACCAGUCGGAGAGGAGAACGAGGGAUCAUGUACCUACCAUAUGGAGCACUGUUGAAAGUUUGAGAUGAGCCCGCUGGCCUAUUCAGUGCUCCCUUUGACAAUGACAGAAACUCAAAGUUAAGUGAACACAAUAAUGUAUGUGUGUGUGUAUAUAUACAGUUGAAGUUGGAAGUUUACAUACACCUUAGCCAAAUACAUUUAAACUCAGUUUUUCACAAUUCCUGACAUUUAAACCUAGUACAAUUUCCCUGUUUUAAAUCAGUUAGGAUUACCACUUUAUUUUAAGAAUGUGACAUUUCAGAAUAAUAGUAUAGAGAGUGAUUUAUUUCAGCUUUUUUCUUUCAUCACAUUCCCAGUGGGUCAGAAGUUUAUAUAGACUCAAUUAGUAUUUGGGAGCAUUGCCUUUAAAUUGUUUAACCUGGGCCAAACGUUUUGGGUAGCCUUCCACAAGCUUCCCACAAUAAGUUGGGUGAAUUUUGGCCCAUUCCUCCUGACAGAGCUGGUGUAACUGAGUCAGGUUUGUAGUCCUCCUUGCUCGCACACGCCUUUUCAGUUCUGCGCACAAAUGUUCUAUGGGAUUGAGGUUAGGGCUUUGUGAUUGACACUCAAAUACCAUUUUUUGUUCUUAAGCCAUUUUGCCACAACUUUGGAAGUAUGUUUGGGGUCAUUGUCCAUUUGGAAGACCCAUAUGCGACCAAGCUUUAAUUUCGUGACUGAUGUCUUGAGAUGUUGCUUCAAUAUAUCCACCUAAUUGUCCUUCCUCAUGAAGCCAUCUAUUUUGUGAAGUGCACCAGUCCCUCCUGCAGCAAAGCACCCCCACAACAUGAUGCUGCUACCCCCGUGCUUCACGGUUGGGAUGGUGUUCUUCAGCUUGCAAGAAUCCCCCUUUUUCCUCCAAACAUAAUGAUUGUCAUUAUGGCCAAACAGUUCUAUUUUUGUUUCAUCAGACCAGAGGACAUUUCUCCAAAAAGUAUGAUCUUUGUUCCCAUGUGCGGUUGCAAACCAGUCAGGCUUUUUUAUGGCGGUUUUGGAUCAGUGGCUUCUUCCUUGCUGACCGGCCUUUCAGGUUAUGUCGAUUAUAGAACUUGUUUUACUGUGGAUAUAGAUACUUUUGUACCUGUUUCCUCCAGCAUCUUCACAAAGUCCUUUGCUGUUGUUCUGGGAUUGAUUUGCACUUUUCGCACCAAAGUACGUUCAUCUCUAGGAGACAGAACGUGUCUCCUUCCUGAGCGGUAUGACGGCUGCGUGGUCCCCUGGUGUUUAUACUUGCGUACUAUUGUUUGUACAGAUGAACCUGGUACCUUCAGGCUUUUGGAAAUUGCUCCCAGGGAUGAACCAGACUUGUGGAGGUCUACACAUUUUUUUCUGAGGUCUUCUGGCUGCUUUCUUUUGAUUUUCCCGUGAUGUCAAGCAAGGAGGCACUGAGUUUGAAAGUAGGCCUUGAAAUACAUCCACAGGUACACCUCCAAUUGACUCAAAUGAUGUCAAUUAGCCUAUCAGAAGCUUCUAAGCCAUGACAUCAUUUUCUGGAAUUUUCCAAGCUGUUUAAAGGCACAGUCAACUCAGUGUAUGUAAACCUCUGACCCACUGGAAUUGUGAUACAGUGAAAUAAUAUGUCUGUAAACAAUUGUUGGGAAAAUGACUUGUCAUGCACAAAGUAGAUGUCCUAACCGACUUGCCAAAACAAUAGUUUGUUAUCAAGAAAUUGGUGGAGUGGUUGAAAAACAAGUGUUAAUGACUCCAACCUAAGUGUAUGUAAACUUUAGACUUCAACUGUGUGUGUAUAUAUGUAUAUAUAUGUAUAUAUAUGUGUAUAUGUAUAUAUGUGUGUAUAUGUAUAUAUAUAUAUGUAUAUAUAUAUAUAUAUGUAUAUAUGUAUAUAUAUGUAUAUAUGUGUGUGUGUACGUACAUACAUACACACUGUACUGUACCAGUCAAAAGUUUGGACACACGUACUCAUUCAAGGGGUUUUCUUUAUUUUUUACUAUUUUCUACAUUGUAAAAUAAUAGUGAAGACAGCGAAACUAUGAAAUAACACAUAUGGAAUCAUGUAGUAACAAAAACAAAUCAAAAUAUAUUUUAUAUUCUAAAAAGUAGCCACCCUUGGCACACUCAACUAGCUUAACGAGGUAGUCACCUGGAAUGCUUUUCCAACCAUUUUUAAAGAGUUCCCUCAUAUGCUGAGCACUUGUUGGCUGCUUUUCCUUCACUCUGCGGUUCAACUCUUCCCAAACCAUCUCAAUUGGGUUGAGGUCGGGGGGUUGUGGAGGCCAGGUCAUCUGAUGCAGCAUUCCAUCACUCGCCUUGGUCAAAUAGCCCUUACACAGCCAGGAAGUGUGUUGGGUCAUUGUCCUGUUUGAAAAACAAAUGAUAGUACCACUAAGCGCAAACCAGAUGGGAUGGCAUAUCGCUGUAGAAUGCUGUGGUAGCCAUGCUGGUUAAGUGUGCAUUGAAUUCAAAAUAAAUCAGUGUCUACAGCAAAGCACCAUCACACCUCCUCCAUGCUUCACUGUGAGAACCACCUAUGCGGAGAUCUGUUGACCUACUCUGCGUCUCACAAAGACACGGCGGUUGGAACCCAAAGUUUCAAAUUUUGACUCAUCAGACCAAAGGACAGAUUUCCACCGGUCUAAUGUCCAUUGCUCGUGUGUCUUGGCCCAAGCAAGUCUCUUAUUAUUGGUGUCCUUAUAGUGGUUUCUUUGCAGCAAAUUGACCAUGAAGGCCUGAUUCACACAGUCUCCUCUGAACAGUUGAUAUGUGUAUGUUACUUGAACUCUGUGAGGUGCUGAGAUGCAGUUAAUUUCACAUUUCUCUGGGUCUUCCUUUCCUGUGGCAGUCCUGAUGAGAGCCAGUUUUAUCAUAACUCUUGGUUUUUACGAAUGCACUUGAAAAAACAUCCAACGUUCUUGAAAUUUUCCAGAUUGACAGACCAUGUCUUAAAGUAAUUAUGGACUGUCGUUUCUCUUUGCUUAUUUGAGCUGUUCUUGGUCUGUAUCUUCUGCAUACCACCCCUAACUUGUCAUAACCCAACUGAUAGGCUCAAACACAAAGGAAAGAAAUUCCACAAAUCAACUUAAGGCACACCUGUUAAUUGAAAUGCAUUCCAGGUGACUCCCUUAUGAAGCUGGUUGAGAGAAUGCCAAGAGUGUGCAAAGCUGUCAAGGCUAGCUACUUUGAAAAAUCUAAAAUAUUUGUUUUAACACUUUUUGGGGUUACAUGAUUCCAUGUUAUUUCAUAGUGUUGAUGUCUUCACUAUUCUACAAAGUUGACAAGUAAAAAUAAAGAAAAAGUAUUGAAUUUGUAGACGUGCCCAAACGUUUGACUAGUACUGUAUAUUUGCUGAAAUGUUAAACAUUUUUUUAUUGUGUAUUGCUCAGCUGGGUGGAACAGUUUGCUCUUCUAAAUGGAUAAUUUGUGUAUGUAAAUAGCGAUAAAGAUGUCGGUCUUGGUGAUGUGGCCUUUAUUCAUCAAAUAAGGAAUCUCCAGCACUGUUUUCUAUGGCAAUAAAAUAUUUUGAAACUCA